GCAGCUGUACUUCUUUUGUUUUUGGUGAAAAAAAUUCCUUUUUGGAGAUUUAAUAACAAUUUUUUGCUUGUAAUCACGAAUUAAACGAUUGCAAAAACCUAAUAAACGCAAGAGUAUAAAAUCUCGAUCGAAUAUAACAAUUUUAUUAUAUUUUUCUUGUUUUAAAAAACGGCUUCAAAAUUGGAAAAAUAAGGAAAAAUAGAAAAAUGAGCUACAACGAUAAGAACGAUGGGAUUUCGAAGGAGGAGUGGUUGAUGCGUCUGGAACAAUUUCCAUUUAAACAAGCCGAUAUGAAUCGUUUAAUAAUGAAUUAUUUGGUAACAGAGGGAUUUAAGGAAGCAGCAGAAAAAUUCCAAAUUGAAGCUGGUUUAGAACCUAGCAUUGAACUGAACUCGCUGGACGAUCGUAUUCUAAUACGCGAUGCUGUUCAAAAUGGGCGCAUACAGGAAGCAACACAUUUGGUCAAUCAGCUGCAUCCUGAAUUGUUGGACAAUGAACGUUAUUUGUUUUUUCAUUUACAGCAAUUACAACUAAUUGAACUCAUUAGAGUUGGCAAAAUUGAAGAUGCUUUAACAUUUGCUCAAAAUAAAUUAUCAGAAGCUGGAGAGGAUAUUCCAGAGGUUUUGAGCGAAUUAGAAAGGACACUGGCACUUUUGGCCUUUGAAAAACCUCAGGAUAGUCCAUUUUCAUAUCUACUCGAGCAAUCUCACAGGCAGAAGAUCGCCAGUGAAUUGAAUGCUGCCAUUCUUAAAUGUGAACACAGUGCAGAUUCAACACCCAAAAUUAUGUUUUUAUUAAAACUUAUUAUGUGGGCCCAAUCAAAAUUGGAUGCCAGUGAAGUUAAUUAUCCCAAAAUGAAAGAUUUGGAAACUGCCCUUAUUGAACCGAAAUAGGUGUUUUUUAUUUUUAUCAGCAUCAUUUCAUUCAUUUUUAAAGUUUUAUCAGUUUUGAUUAAUAAAACAAAAGAAUUAUUGAAGAAAUGAAGCAAAAUAAAAAAAACAUUUUAGAAGUCGUACCUUAAAUACUACUUUAAUUUAUACAUUUUAUGUCAUUCAUUUGUAACUGGUAGAUGUUAAAAAUAUAUAAAAUAAAUAUGCAAUGUAAUAAACACCAUUAAAA